AGAGGGACGAACCGGGGUGGAAGCGCCAGGAGCAGCUGCCGGGAGCCCUCACGCGGACCACGCACUCUAUGGCCGUAGGGAGCUGCUGAGAGCGAGAAGAGCACGUUACCGCCCGCCCGCUGCACCGCACCUCGCCUCGCCUCUCUGCUCUCCCAGGCCCCGGCCGCGCGCCUCCCGCCUCCCGCCUCCCGCGACCAUGAACCACUCGCCGCUCAAGACCGCCUUGGCGUACGAAUGCUUCCAGGACCAGGACAACUCCACUUUGGCUUUGCCGUCGGACCAAAAGAUGAAAACAGGCACGUCUGGCAGGCAGCGCGUGCAGGAGCAGGUGAUGAUGACCGUCAAGCGGCAGAAGUCCAAGUCUUCCCAGUCGUCCACCCUGAGCCACUCCAAUCGAGGUUCCAUGUAUGAUGGCCUGGCUGACAAUUACAACUAUGGGACCACCAGCAGGAGCAGCUACUACUCCAAGUUCCAGGCAGGGAAUGGCUCAUGGGGAUAUCCGAUCUACAAUGGAACCCUCAAGCGGGAGCCUGACAACAGGCGCUUCAGCUCCUACAGCCAGAUGGAGAACUGGAGCCGACACUAUCCCCGGGGCAGCUGUAACACCACCGGAGCAGGCAGCGACAUCUGCUUCAUGCAGAAAAUCAAGGCGAGCCGCAGUGAGCCCGACCUCUACUGUGACCCACGGGGCACCCUGCGCAAGGGCACGCUGGGCAGCAAGGGCCACAAGACCACCCAGAACCGCUACAGCUUUUACAGCACCUGCAGUGGUCAGAAGGCCGUGAAGAAGUGCCCUGUGCGCCCACCCUCCUGUGCCUCCAAGCAGGACCCCGUGUAUGUCCCGCCCAUCUCCUGCAACAAGGACCUGUCCUUCAGCCACUCUAGGGCCAGCUCCAAGAUCUGCAGUGAGGACAUCGAGUGCAGUGGGCUGACCAUCCCCAAGGCUGUGCAGUACCUGAGCUCCCAGGAUGAGAAGUACCAGGCCAUUGGGGCCUAUUACAUCCAGCAUACCUGCUUCCAGGAUGAAUCUGCCAAGCAACAGGUCUAUCAGCUGGGAGGCAUCUGCAAGCUGGUGGACCUCCUCCGCAGCCCCAACCAGAACGUCCAGCAGGCCGCAGCAGGGGCCCUGCGCAACCUGGUGUUCAGGAGCACCACCAACAAGCUGGAGACCCGGAGGCAGAAUGGGAUCCGCGAGGCAGUCACCCUCCUGAGGAGAACUGGGAAUGCCGAGAUCCAGAAGCAGUUGACCGGACUGCUCUGGAACCUGUCUUCCACUGACGAGCUGAAGGAGGAGCUCAUUGCCGAUGCCCUGCCUGUUCUGGCCGACCGCGUCAUCAUCCCCUUCUCUGGCUGGUGCGAUGGCAAUAGCAACAUGUCCCGGGAAGUGGUGGACCCUGAGGUCUUCUUCAAUGCCACAGGCUGCUUGAGAAAGAGACUGGGCAUGUGGGAGCUUCUGGCUCUUGUUCCACAAACGGCUGCUAGUAGCAGGGUGAACCUGAGCUCGGCCGAUGCAGGCCGCCAGACCAUGCGUAACUACUCAGGGCUCAUUGAUUCCCUCAUGGCCUAUGUCCAGAACUGUGUAGCGGCCAGCCGCUGUGACGACAAGUCUGUGGAAAACUGUAUGUGUGUCCUGCACAACCUCUCCUACCGCCUGGAUGCUGAGGUGCCCACCCGCUACCGCCAGCUGGAGUAUAACGCCCGCAACACCUACACCGAGAAGUCCUCCACUGGCUGCUUCAGCAACAAGAGUGACAAGAUGAUGAACAACAACUAUGACUGCCCCCUGCCCGAGGAAGAGACCAACCCCAAGGGCAGUGGCUGGCUGUACCAUUCAGAUGCCAUCCGCACCUACCUGAACCUCAUGGGCAAAAGCAAGAAAGAUGCCACCCUGGAGGCCUGUGCGGGUGCCCUGCAGAACCUGACGGCCAGCAAGGGGCUGAUGUCCAGUGGCAUGAGCCAGUUGAUUGGGCUGAAGGAAAAGGGCCUGCCACAAAUUGCCCGCCUCCUGCAAUCUGGCAACUCUGAUGUGGUGCGGUCUGGAGCCUCCCUCCUGAGCAACAUGUCCCGCCACCCUGUGCUGCACAGAGUGAUGGGGAACCAGGUGUUCCCAGAGGUGACCAGGCUCCUCACCAGCCACACUGGCAAUACCAACAACUCUGAAGACAUCUUAUCCUCAGCCUGCUACACCGUGAGGAACUUGAUGGCCUCACAGCCACAGCUGGCCAAGCAGUACUUCUCCAGCAGCAUGCUCAACAACAUCAUCAACCUGUGCCGCAGCAGUGCCUCACCCAAGGCCGCAGAAGCUGCCCGGCUUCUCCUGUCUGACAUGUGGUCCAGCAAGGAACUGCAGGGUGUCCUCAGACAGCAAGGUUUUGAUAGGAACAUGCUGGGGACCUUAGCUGGGGCCAACAGCCUCAGGAACUUCACCUCCCGAUUCUAAGAAGAGGCUGUCCAAGCAAGUUAGGCUUGCAGGAAGAUAUGACCCAGCUGAGAAGCCCUCAGGCCUCGCUGGAUGGGGUUUUCUGUCCAUCCUGUGCAGUAUUUGGAAAAGUUCACAAAAAACUGAAAAGAAACCUAAAAACUGUGGAUAACGGAAAUAUUUUUAGAUUUUUUUCCUUGGGGGAACUGGCAGGCAAUGGGAGUUAGGGAGGUUGGGGGGGGGCUUUCUUGAGUUAAAGGGGCUUAUAUGUGAUGUCAAUAUUUCUUCCUCUGAGAAAUGGUAUAUAUAUGUGUAUAAUGUAA